UGAUAAAGGAGUCGUCCUACACAUGAACAGAGAACGCUGAUAGUCUUAUCGUUCGAAUGCGGUGUUUUGAGAUUGUAUAGCAGGUGAAUUGAUAAUUAAUGGCUGCACUGGGAAAACAGACGGAUAUAUAAUUGAGAAGAAACGAACGACCGGUUUCAAAAUGGCAACCAACGAACAAGAGGCUCAACAGGAAGUUUCAAGUGACAUGAUAGGAGAAUGUAUAGUCAUUAACUUGUGCCAACCAUGUACGAGAAAGCGCACACCCAGUAAAGCAACAGUGUUUUGCAAAACAUGUAACGAGCAUCUUUGUGAACCUUGCAAAAAAAGUCAUAUAAUUUAUAAAUCGGGAAAACAUGAUACGGUGAUUAUUGAGAAUUUAAAUUCGGCACCAGCUGUUGUAAAAAUGAAGGGUAUGGACAAAUGCCUCGACCACGAUAAAAAUAUUAAGUUUAUCUGUGAAGACCACUCCAAGCUCUGUUGCAAUACAUGUAUGUUCAUACACAGGAAGUGCGACAACGUUAAUGAACUGGCCAGUCUAUCAAGCCAAGAAGGACUAGAGUUGCAAGAUUUGAACAAUACACUUCUAAAGCUGGAGACCGAGACUGGCUCAAUCAUAGCGGACUGUAAGCUAUCAGAAGAUGCAUUAAUUGAGACUAUUGCACACAUUCCAAAACAGCUUGAUAAAAUGAAGGAUCGUAUUAUCGAGAUAUUUGAUAAAGCAAAAUCAAAGAUGAUUGCAGAGGCAGAGAACUUCAAAGCGGGGGAGAUGAACCGAUUAGGCGAAAGGACUAACGCUACUUUGAAAGUGAAUGAAGACAUCAAUGAACUGCUACCGGUUAGUUCAGCUCUUGUCAAACAUGGAACACCUGAACAAAAAUAUAUCAUCUCACACAUUAUGAAAGAGAAAAUAAAAUAUAUAGAAACCCAUAUCACCGAGCAACGAAACAAACAUAGCACUUCAAAUGUUGCCUUAAUUUUUUCAAAACAGCUAUCGUCACUUCUGAAAGAGGAAGAAGGAAUUGUAAAACUGAACGCAGAGCGACACUUGACGUAUACAGAUGUUGUUAACACAAGUCAGCCGAUAGUACCAGCAUCAUCUGAUAUUUACGCGAGAACAACCGAUUCAAAUAAAGAUGUUGUACAAACAAGUCCGACGAAAAUGCAAGAAUCUUCUAAAGUUAUGAAGAAAACAACUGUUUUAAAUAAAGAUAUCGUGCAAACAAGUCCGAUGCGAAUCCAAGAUUCAUCUAAAGUUAAAAAGGAAACCACGGUCACCGCUGUAAAUAAAGAUGUUGUGCAAACAAGUCUAACGAAAAUGCAAGAAUCUUCUAAAGUUAUGAAGAAAGCAACCGUUUUAAAUAAAGAUGUCGUGCAAACAAGUCCGAUGCGAAUCCAAGAUUCAUCUAAUGUUAAAAGGGAAACCACGGUCACCGCUGUAAAUAAAGGUUGUUCAAGUGACAGCGCUAAAUCAGCUCGGAUUUAACCAGUCACCAUGGAGUUGCUCGUGUCCGUAGAUAUCAAACAGACUGGAGAUGAUAAGGAGGUACCUUUUCUCUCUGGGCUUGACUUUCUACAAGACGGGAGACUGGUCGCCGUGGAUUACAAGAAUUGUAAAUGUAUCGUAAUGGAUGACAGACUAAUUAAACUGGGAAAACCGUACAAGUUCAACACAAUCCCACUUGACAUUGUUUGCUUGUCUCAGUGUGAGGUUGCAGUAACGACCUAUGAUAAGACAGUGUGUCUCCUGUCCGUGAGUCCCGACAAUGUCAUCAAUCUGACCAAGAAGAUAAGCACAUCCACAAAUGUCUUCUCCAUAUGCUGCAUAGUCCCAACAAACAUGGUCGUAAGUACAUUCAAUGAUCCACGUCCAGUGAAAAUGAUAACAAAGGGCGGUGUGGAGUCUGACUGUGAUUACGUGCUGUUUCAAACGUACAAACUUGAUGAGAGCAAUUGCACGUAUGUCCAGUCAAAGAACACGUUGGUACUGACUGACAGGAAAGCUAACACUGUUUACAUGUACGACACUUUUACGGGCACGUCUAGAGCUAUCACUAAUGAGAACAUUCAGCAACCACGUGGUGCCUGCGUCGGACCCGAUGACACGGUGCUGGUGUGCAGUGGAGCUAAGAACUCGAUUGUGCACAUGACUGUUCAUGGCGACAUUAUAGGUAACUACCCAGUGGAUACGAAGUUGCCGUAUACCCUGUGUAUGACUAAAGAUGGGAGCAGAUUGGCAGUAUCGGGUUGUGGAACCGCGAGGAAGUUGAUAAUGUACACAUUAUCAUAAAUGACAUUAUACGUAGCUAUCAAACAUACCUACAAUCAUGCAUAUGUUACGUGUAUAAUUCUAUUUCAUUUUUGUUGUAAUGGACUAUCCUUGUUUAUGCGAUGUGGUUAGUAUUCUUUGUAAACUCGACAAUGUACGUACGCAUCGUAGUGCAUACUGCAACUACAUUAAUGAUACAUUUCAACAAAAUACAAACAUGCGUGUUGGAUAAAAGGUUAAAUUGUGUACUGUGCGCAAGGUUAUAGCAGAAACUUCUAACCUCUGAUUGAUGUAAAACCGAACCUUUUCAUUAGUUACUCUCUGUUACUUGUGAAAUAAUUAUUGCAUAAACUCGAUUUUACAUAUCAUUCUUAACAUUGUAUUUACCUUAGAAAUAAGUUAUAUUAUUAUAAACAUUAUAAAAACACAGUUAAAGUACAUAUUUAUAUUAUUUGUAUCAAUAUUGUUAAAAUUGAAAAUUACUCAAUAACAUAGCCAACAUGGAAUUUCAUUCAAUUGAUAUAGGUCGCUUUUACCCACUUUAUUCAGCGAAUAUGGCCUUGUCUUUGGUACACAUUAAACAAUUUGUUUACAAUGGUUAUAUACUGGCUUGAAAAUAGCAUUCAACCUCCAAGACGCAUAUAUGCAUCUGUCCUUUCAAUGCAUAGCACUUAUUUGACAUUGUCGUACAAUCACCUUUCAUCCAAAUACAAUUAUACAAAUUACAUUCAAGUCACUGCAGUUUAUACAACUGCUGUUGGUGUUGCAUUGUUAUUCAUUGAAAGAGAAACUUAGCGUGGUGGUUGAUAUUUUCCUCGAUAAAAGUGGCAAUGAAAUAGUAGAUGUUGUCGUAAAGCUGGAAUGAAAUGAUGGGGACUUAUAUGAGCUUACACAGGUUGAACAUGAGAUGUUGGUAAAACGUGCAUGUUUUCUAAGAGAAGCCAAGUGUCAAUCAAAUGUGCAAUUGCUCAAUAAUGUUGCUUUUCCCAAGUGACCUUGAGGUUUUUUUUGCUCUAUUGAUCUCAAAAUUGAUACAGGCAUUCCUUCAUUAAAGAUUUACCAGCACACACACGAUCAUACGUUUAAGGAACUUGUCCACAGAUUGAUGCAAUUUUCAAACAAUACCAUCAAUACGUUUACUAUUAAAGCUCUUAAAUAGUCAUUAUUAAGUUAUUAAAAUGAAAAAAAGUAGAAUUAAAUGUUUUGUCUUCCCCUGGAUUCGGACACUGGACUUUUGCAAUCAAAAGGGAACCCAUGACCUUGACCUUUUAACCUCAAAUUAUAUAGGUGUCUUUCUUUAAUCCCAAGUAACAAUUAUACCAAUUUGACUGAUGUGCGUCAACGAACUGUUAAUCUAAUAUGCAAAAACAAAAUAUUUUACAUUUUUUUGUAAUAUCUUAUGGCCUCAACCAACUGUACAGCGGACGGGUGCACAGCAGAAUAUCCCUAAUAUUUUUACGUGGGGCAUAAUAACAAUAAAGUAAAACAGAGACAGUCAGCAUAACGCAAGAGUUACUUUAAUGGAUAAUUGUAUGCAAGGCGAUAUAUGUAGUGGUACAGAUUAUACAAUUAAUUUCUUUAGCUUACAACUUUAAAACUCUAAAAGUUGUAAAAACAAAUAAAAACAAAUAACUAUGCGGUUACCUCGUGUAUCCUCAGAUUGAUUGGCACAAUAUUGGACGCACAUGCGGCUGACAGUUUGCCAGGCAGGAGUUGUCCUUUCAUAUAGAAGAUGUCUGCCUUUCUCUGGUCAACAAGCAUAUUCAGAGCAAGACCAGUGUACUUCUUCACCAGUUCUGUGGAAUCAUACUCCUGUGGACAAAUAUAUCAAACACUUGCAAUGACAUGUCGUUUUACUUGAUUUAUCAUUCUUAGACAUAUUGGUAUACUUUUUAGCUGGAUGAUGAUGAUGAUGACGAUGAGGAUGAUAAGCAAAAGCACAAUGCUUUGAUGACAAAAAUGAUUGUCAUGAUAAAAACAGCAAAAAUAAUGGUGACCAUGACAAUGUUGAUUUACAAAUAAUUAAUUUGGAUCAAAUAAUAUUAAAGAUGGGUCACUUGGACGUACUUAUCUCAAAUGAAAAUCUAUAUGCCACUUAUGCUUGUUCCAUUCAAUGUUUUCCUGUCAAGGCUUUGAAAGCCACCCAUAUCACGAUAGAGAUGCAUCUUUUUGUGCUAUUUUGAACUUAGGAUCGUAAUAUCUACUUAAUGUAUAUGUAAAUAUAUAUGUACAUAUAAAA